AUGUUGGAAACACAAGAGAAAAUAGAUACAUUUCUUAUUCGGAUCAUUCCCAAAAUACCCCCAAACAAGAGAGAUUUUGUGCAGAAUGAUCGUGGAUUUGGGAAAUCAAAUCCACAUCCAGAUAAUCAUAACCAUAUUCGUCCUGCAGUUUUUGAACUCCAACCUUGUGCUCCUCCUAAAAUAUCAAAUACAACACUUGCUGCUCAUGCAGAUCAAACUAGCAGGAGGAAAUUAGCACUUUUCCAAGUUCCUUUGUUACUAGGCAUUGGGGAAAAAGAUACAGCCCUGACUAAGGAAACUGAAAGUGGCGAAACUGAUCUUGUUUAUCUUGUUCUCUUUCAUACAUGGCAGAAGGUUGGGAAUUUUGUGCUUAUUGGGGGACGUAUGAGACUUGAUAUAGAAGAAUCACCAGUUGAUUCUAUAUAUGUAGUUGUUUGGGCAUCUCAUCAUCUUCCCCUUUAUAUGGAAAACCGGAGAAAGCAAUGCAACACUCAUGCUUGGAUGGAUGGAACAUUCAAUACUAUCAAGGUUGGACGGAGGCGUCUCUUAUCGGUCGGCAGUGAGUUGUGA